GCGCACACUCGGGCUCCGCGGGGGGUGGAGACCAUGGGUGGGGCGGUGUCGCCCUGCCGCGGCUCCGCGGGAUAGCGGGGGACAGCGCCGCAUACCGCCCGCGGGCCGCCCCGCGCCGGCAGCGGCUGGAGCGGCACGGCUUGUCUAACACUACCUUGAGCCAAAUUCCUAGACUGGUUGGUGCUUUCUCAUGGAAUCCCUGUGACUGACAAAGGAGAGAUUGUUGUGCAGAUGAAGAGGAGAAAUAUUUCCCGGUAAGGUUUUACUGCAGUAUAGUUGUGCUGCAAGAGGAAUUAUCACAGGAAUACCAGUAAGCCUCUGAAUGUCCUAGGGAACAAUGAAAUUUUAGAGACCUUGGUGGAGUCAUGCCCACAAUUAAUUGAAUAUCAAAGCCUUGGACUUCAAAGAAGUGUUUGCGAGGUCUGCAUGUGAUUUCUUCAGGGACAAAUAGCACAUCUUGCUCGAACAUCUGCCUAAAUCUAGUCUAACUGCUCUGCAAUGACUACAGCAAGAUACAGGCCUACCUGGGACUUGGUACUUGAUCCAUUAGUGUCCUGCAAGCUCUGCCUUGGUGAAUAUCCUGUGGAGCAGAUGACAACAAUAGCACAAUGCCAAUGUAUCUUCUGUACCCUGUGCCUAAAACAGUAUGUGGAACUUUUGAUCAAAGAAGGUCUAGAAACAGCAAUCAGCUGCCCUGAUGCUGCCUGCCCAAAGCGAGGGCAUCUGCAAGAAAAUGAAAUUGAGUGCAUGGUUGCAUCAGAAAUCAUGCAAAGGUAUAAGAAGCUACAGUUUGAAAGAGAAGUGCUUUUGGAUCCAUGCCGGACUUGGUGUCCAUCGUCUACUUGCCAGGCAGUUUGCCAGCUCCAGGAAUCAAGCCCACAGGACCCCCAGCUGGUCCAGUGCAAAGCAUGCGACAUUGAGUUCUGCUCUGCUUGCAAAUCUAAUUGGCAUCCGGGUCAAGGCUGUCAAGAGAACAUGCCAAUCUCUUUUCUUCCAGGAGAAACAAGUUCAGUUUUUAAAAUGGAAGAUGACAACGCUCCAAUCAAACGCUGUCCAAAGUGUAAAGUUUACAUUGAAAGAGAUGAAGGCUGUGCCCAAAUGAUGUGUAAGAAUUGCAAACAUGCCUUUUGCUGGUACUGUCUGGAAUCUCUCGAUGAUGAUUUUCUCCUUAUACAUUAUGACAAAGGACCUUGUCGAAACAAGCUGGGUCACUCCAGGGCAUCUGUUAUCUGGCACAGGACACAGGUGGUAGGAAUUUUUGCAGGAUUUGGUCUUCUACUUUUGGUGGCUUCCCCUUUCCUUCUACUUGCUACACCAUUUGUUCUGUGCUGCAAGUGCAAAUGUAAUAAAGGAGAUGAUGACCCUCUUCCUACCUAGGCUGCGAAAAGAUUGGACUCAUCACAACAUGUGUUUUUAUUUUGUUGUGCUGUUAUGUUUCCCUCUUGCACUUACAUUGCUGUAGCCUUACUUGCCCCAUUCUGCUUUUAACUGACACACAGUCUUGGUUCCAGGAACUGUUGUUAUUACUGUGUUAUAGAUCACUUGAUAAUAGACAAGGAGGGUAAUGAAGGCAAGCUUGGUGCUAAAGGGAUACCACGGACCUGGGUAGCUAUCUGAAAUGAAGAGGUGAUAUUGCUAAAAUUAAUGCAAAAUGUUGGUGCUGCCCUACUGGUGAACUGGGAACUGUACUGAACGACAUCAGCAAAACAAGCUGAAAAAGCAUACAAAUAUAAACUUCUGCAUAUCUGUUUGCUUCCAGAUUUGGUGUCUUAUUCCUGUAUAUAUUUAAGUUGCCUAUCAUUUAAAUCAGAUAGUCACACUUAGUGUGACUUUUUUAUGUUUGUUACACAUUGUUUUUGUUAAAGCCAUCACAGUGUCCUUUCUAGUACCUAUUCUUCCAAGUAUAACAAAAUUAGUAAGGUGCAUAUUGGCCAUCCUAUGCCUUUCUUGAAAUUUGAGGAGGGUUGGAGGGACAAAGUUCAUCCUGCUGCCUUCCACGAAUUUUGUAAAGUCUUAUAAGAAAUUUGUUUGAUUAAAAGCUACAUUUUAAAAUUAAUUGGUGAAGCUGUAGGGUUGAGUGGUGACACAAACCUGCUAUCUAAUCAAGGUUCUUUUAAAAAUGCAUUGAUGGUAUUGAUUACCACUGGACCACUAGUGUUUUUCUGAAUUGUUAUUUUUUGCUGUUGUUUAGGGUUCUGCUACUCUUAUAGGGCUACAUAACUUCUAAUCCAGGUAUCUUAAUCUUUUUAUAGAUACAUAGAUAUAUAGAUAUAUAUAUAUAUAAUCCUAUUUAAACCAAAUGUGUAAAUAGCUGUGCUAUUGAAAUAUUUUGGAAGUUCAAGAUAUAUUGCUUCUGUCUUUAGGGCAAUUAUUAAAAAAUACAGGACUAACUUUAAUAGUUAGCAGACUCUUGGGUUAUCAAUGAAUCUUUCCUUUUAAAUAUAAAAAUACAUCAUGGUUAUCCCUGUAGUUAAUAAUAAAAAGCCUGGGAUAUAUGUGGAAGUUGUACUUUACAUUUAACUACUUAGCCCAUUUCAGAGUUAAUAUUGUAUGAUAUGUGGUGUAUUGUAUUAAUAACAAUACUGUAACAAAAUAAGUUUUUAUUUGAAAAAUAAUCACUUGAUAGUUUAGCAGUAUUCAGUGCUGUGUUUUCAGGGUGGUAAAGUGUGCUAGCCAACAUACUACAUCAUUGUGGUUUCUCUUUAGAAAUAUUUUGUUGAAAACCAUUUUGCUUUGAUUUUAAAGCCUACAAGAAUUUGACUGAUAAUUUCUUGCUAUGAAAUAUGAAGCACCUGAAACAGUGUAUAUGCCUGUAGUACUGAAGGAAAACCUUUUGAGUGGCUUGUAGACUGAAGUCUGACUGCAUUUUUUUCAUCAUCAUUGGUCUGUGCAUUGGCAAUGUAUUGAGGUGAAUGGAUAUCUUGAAGCCAGAAUAACUUUACACUGAAAAUGUCUUAAGACCCUUAAAUACAACUGCUUUUGUCUGCUGUCACAGGCUGGGAAUGUGUUUUCAUAGCUCAAGCAUAAAAAAUUACUCUUUAUCUUUUGUUUUACACUGUCUAUCUGUUAAUAAAAAUACUGUAGGGCACAGUUUUGAAAAGGGCCACUGUCUUUUUAUAAAACUAUUCUCCUACCCCAUCUUCCAGGUUUAAUGCUUUUCAAAUUCAAACUGUGUCUAACCACAGAUUUUAGCUCCAGGAGCUGGAGGUUAUCUUUAGUUCACUUAUUUGUCUUGAUUUUAAUGAGUUCAACCAUUAUAAUGUGAAGAAAAAGGAUAGCUGGUUUCCAGCAAAUAUGAACUCCUUCUGAUAUCUUCAGAUUGUUUAUGGAAAUGUGCAGUUAAGAUCUUUUGUUAUCUGAGUAUUUGUAGUAGUUUAGAAUUUGUUAUUAAAAAUUUCUUUGUUCUUAAAAAAUAUCUGUAGGGGAGACUGGGUAGUGCAUUUGAUCACUGUUUGCCAGCCCCCAAGGGUAUCUAAAGCACUGCUGAGUUCAGCAGGCAGUGAAGUGCUUAUCUCCCUCUGGCUCUGAUAUCAGCUCAGUCCAUGUCCCAGAGAUAUGCCAAGCCAAGCAUCUGGGUUGUCCUGAGUCAUAGCUUCACUGUGCAGAAAACCUUCUGUGAAGGAUUCUGAGAAGGACAGCUUCCUGCAGGUAAGCUUGAACUGUGGCCUUUCCUCCAUGGCCCUGUAAUUCUGUUUAACUGGUGAAGAAGAAAAACCCGGACAACAGGAUCUGAAGAUUUCAUGAGUUAUUAGUAUUCUAACUGGGGGCACUAAGAGAUUUUGCUGAAUUGUGGCUGCGACUGAUGACCAUGUAGUUAUACUACGGGUGUCAUAGUAAACAGCAGAGGUUCAGUGGCCUGUGAACAGUAUUCAAGUGUCCUAGUAUGAUAAGGUUUAUUUUCUCUACACCUUUCUUAGUCUUUAUGUGUCAAUACAGCCAAACUUGAGUUUUCCAGACUAUUGUGUGGCCAGUUAACAAUCAAUGUCAAAAUUAAUGCAUUUCCAAAUUUAAAACAAAACGUAAAGAAAAAGUCCUUUGCAAAUAUAGAAAUUUUUUGAAUAAUAAUUUAUAAUUGAUGCUCACAGGUAACAUUAUAUAUUAUAUAUAAUGGGAAAACUAUGUCAGUAUAUCUCUGAUCUCAACAUAUUUGAAUUGCUGCUGGAGGUUUUUAUGACACAGGUCUUGUUUCACAUCCUGGUUGUUGGGAUAGACUAUAUGCCUACAUAUAUUUACCAAAUACCUAGUCUUUUCAGAUUUGCUAAAUGUCAUUCCGGAGCCCCUGGUGGUCUAGUGGUAAAGGCGCGGCGCUGUCACCGUCCAAGCUUGCUUGGCCCUGGCAGAUGAACCUUAGGAUUAAAGGGUGGGCUCAGUUCCGCGCACACUGUGUCUCACCUAAAAAAAAAAAAAAAAAAAUCCAAUGCGCAGGCUGGAAGGUGUAAAGACCUUCCCCGGAUCUUCGCUCGCGAAGACUGGCCAUUAUUAUAUUAUAUUUUAUAAAUGUCAUUCCUUCUGUAUGGGAUUUUUUUUAUUAUUAUUUUUGUUAUUUUAUUUUUUUAAUGUUGAUUUGGUUCCAAAGUAGCAACUUUUGGUGGUAAUGUAUUAUAUUCAGAGUGUUUUAAUGUUACAGCUUAUGUUCAUACUGUGACAUUUAAUACCCUGAAAUUGAAUUGUAAAUACAUUAUUUUAAACUCUGACAUUUAAACACCCUGCCGUGGAAAAAGUAACGUCUAUUUCUGCUGCUUUUCAAAUGAAAUUACAACAGCUAUGGCUUUUUAGAUUUUCACCAGAAAAAUAGGUAUCACAGUAUGAUUUCUGUUGCAUUUUUAUGGUUCUGCUGUCAUUUAGGGGUUUUGCAUUCACACAGAAUCACAGAAUAUUCUGAGUUGGAAGGGACCCACAACAGUCAUCGAGUCCAACUCUUAAGUGAAUGGCCCAUUCUUAAAUACUGUUUUUAAUGGAGUUUGUAAUGUACUUCAUUUGCAUGUUCUGGGUGAAUUGGUGUCAUGUCUAGUGAGUGUUGAGUCCUGACUCCAGAGGCUUUGGAUUUCCCCAGGCUUACCAUUCAUUAGUUGGGCUGAAGUCAGUCCUGAGAGACAUCAGGAGCACAGCCCACAUCAACUUCAGUGGUGGUAGCUUUGGGUUUUCCCCCACAUUGGACAAGUCACUUAUCUCCUUUUAUCUCAAUUUAACCGUCUUUUUACUGGAUGAACCAAUGUUUGUCUACUUCACAAGAGGGCUGUGAGGGCAAAUUAAUUAGUUUUGAGGCUCUUCAAGGGUUUGUGAUGAAUGAUUAUAUAUAAAAGCUGACUGGCUUAUGUUGCUAUUUCAAUUUUAUUCAUGUUGGCAGUCAUCCUGAAACAUCCUUCUAUUGACUUUAGCAUGUCAAGAUGCUUUCCCUCACAUACCAAAUAGCAUAAUCUUUCCUCAAAUACUCCAGUUUAUGAAUUAGGCAAAAUCCCAAUUAACAGCUGACUGGAUCAGAUCUCAGCUUACAUCUGAUCUCCUGACAUGCAGGAAACAAAAUUAGUGAAAAGCUUUCAUUUAUGGAGCUAACAGGAUAAAAUAUUCAUAGGUCAGAAAAGUAUGAGGUGCCUUUUUUUUUUUUUUUUUUUUAAUGUUAUAGGCAGGAAGAUAAAAAUUCUGUGCAUUUCAUCUGUAGGCCUUUUACUGUAUAGGAAUAAAUGUGUUUAAUGCAGGCCGUUAUCCCAGUGAGGUGCAGCAUGCAUAAAGCUUUGUGAAGGUUUACUUUUUUCAAAAACCAAAGCUUGUACAUUUCACAUACGUAAUCUGAAAGCCUGAGAAAAACAAGUAGAGUAUGGUUGUUGAUAACAGUGAUAUUAAGGACAUAAAAAAAAGCCUGUAUGAGCGCUUAAUUGCUAAUGCACUUAUACUAAGUAAGGCAUGCUGUUUGUGUUUAGAGCCCUGUGGUCUUCAUUAUUGCUUUGGUUUGUGUAUCUCUUACAAGAAUUUCAGGAACAUUAGGUACAGGUACGUGGUCCAUGACUGAACCUUUCUUGAUCAUUUUAUCAUGGUGUAUUUUAAACUUGUAUAGGGAUAAGCAUGAAGGAGUCAUGCACAUGUAUAAAUAAUGUAUUUGAUGAGUGUAAAAAUAGUUCUGUUGAUGUAUUUGAAAUGUAAGUACAUUUUGUGCCACUAACACUGUGAUGUAUAAAAGAGCUGUUGAAUGCCUUUUAAUGUGGUGUUUUGUACUUUGAAUCAUACCGAAGAGUUUAAUUUGUAAUUUCAAUAGAUAUUUUAAAUGA